AUGAGCCAGAAGUACCCACCUAAGCCAAUUUCAGACUCCUGGUUCUCAGAAAAUUUUCGGCGCGCCCGGGCGCUGUACGACUUCAGGUCCGAGAACCCCGGCGAGAUCUCACUGCGGGAGCACGAGGUGCUGAGCCUGUGCAGCGAGCAGGACAUCGAGGGCUGGCUCGAAGGGGUCAACAGCCGCGGCGACCGCGGCCUCUUCCCUGCCUCGUACGUGCAGGUGAUCAGCGGCCCCGAGCCCAGCCCGGCAGGCGACGGCGGCCCUGGUGCCCCGGCUCGCUACGCCAACGUGCCGCCCGGCGGCUUCGAGCCCCUGCCCGCGGUGCCGCCCGCCUCCUUCAAGCCGCCGGCCGACGCCUUCCAGCCGUUGCUUCAGCCUCAGCAGGCGCCGCCGCCGAGCACCUUUCAGCCGCUGGGCGCGGGCUUCCCGUACGGCGGGGGCGCCCUGCAGCCGUCGCCUCAGCAGCUCUACGGCGGCGGCGGCGGCUACCAGGCCAGCCAGGGCAGCGACGAUGACUGGGACGACGAGUGGGACGACAGCUCCACGGUGGCGGACGAGCCGGGUGCGCUGGGCAGCGGCGCGUACCCGGACCUCGACGGCUCGUCGUCUGGGGUCGGCGUGGCCGGUCGCUACCGUCUGUCGACGCGCUCUGACCUGUCGCUGGGGUCCCGCGGCGGCUCGGCGCCCCCACACCACCCGCAGCACCACCCGUCGGGGGCCAAGAGCUCGGCCACCGUGAGCCGCAACCUCAACCGCUUCUCCACCUUCGUCAAGUCGGGUGGGGAGGCCUUCGUGCUCGGCGAGGCGUCGGGCUUCGUGAAGGACGGGGACAAGCUGUGCGUGGUGUUGGGGCCCUACGGUCCGGAGUGGCAGGAGAACCCCUACCCUUUCCAGUGCACCAUCGACGACCCCACCAAGCAGACCAAGUUUAAGGGCAUGAAGAGCUACAUCUCCUACAAGCUGGUGCCCACCCACACGCAGGUGCCCGUGCACCGGCGCUACAAGCACUUCGACUGGCUGUACGCGCGCCUGGCCGAGAAGUUCCCGGUCAUCUCGGUGCCCCACCUGCCCGAGAAGCAGGCCACGGGCCGCUUCGAGGAGGACUUCAUCUCCAAGCGCAGGAAGGGCCUGAUCUGGUGGAUGAACCACAUGGCCAGCCACCCGGUGCUGGCGCAGUGCGACGUCUUCCAGCACUUCCUGACGUGCCCCAGCAGCACCGACGAGAAGGCCUGGAAGCAGGGCAAGAGGAAGGCCGAAAAAGAUGAGAUGGUGGGCGCCAACUUCUUCCUGACCCUGAGCACGCCCCCCGCUGCCGCCCUCGACCUGCAGGAGGUAGAGGGUAAGAUCGACGGCUUCAAGUGUUUCACCAAGAAGAUGGACGACAGCGCGCUGCAGCUCAACCACACGGCCAACGAGUUCGCACGCAAGCAGGUGACAGGCUUCAAGAAGGAGUAUCAGAAGGUGGGCCAGUCUUUCCGCGGCCUCAGCCAGGCCUUUGAGCUGGACCAGCAGGCCUUCUCGGUGGGCCUGAACCAGGCCAUCGCCUUCACCGGAGAUGCCUACGACGCCAUCGGCGAGCUGUUCGCCGAGCAACCCAGGCAGGACCUGGACCCGGUCAUGGACCUGUUAGCGCUGUAUCAGGGGCACCUGGCCAACUUCCCGGACAUCAUCCACGUGCAAAAAGGAGCUCUUACCAAAGUAAAGGAGAGUAGGCGACAUGUGGAAGAAGGGAAAAUGGAGGUUCAAAAGGCUGAUGGCAUUCAAGAUCGCUGUAACACUAUUUCUUUUGCCACUUUGGCUGAAAUUCACCACUUCCAUCAAAUUCGAGUAAGAGACUUUAAAUCACAGAUGCAGCAUUUCUUACAACAGCAAAUAAUAUUUUUCCAAAAAGUGACCCAGAAAUUGGAAGAAGCUCUUCACAAAUAUGACAGUGUUUAAUGACUGGACAUUGAAUUAUGGACUUUUUUUCAGUUUGAGGAAAUUUCUACAGCAGAAUAAAAACUGCUAUCAAAGAUCUAUUGCCAACUGUCAGUGGUGGUACAAGGAUGAUUUUGUGUUCAAAUGAAACCCAGCUGAAUAUAUAAUUAUGUAGGAAAGAAACAGUUAAUAUGGUUAUGUAAUAGAAACAGUACCACACAUUGUAACUAAAUUAUACUAUGUAUGCCUACACUACCAUUGUAACUUUUUGAAUAAUGAUUAUACUAUUUGCCUUAUUGCUUUUUGAAGUAUGGGUAUUUUAGUGCAUACUUUGUAGACCUCAAAACCCAUGAAGGGUCUCAAAGAAGCUGGCUGGAUAAAAGCCUGCUGUGGAUGUCUUUUUACUCUCAUAGAUCGGGAUUACCUAAAUUCAACCUAUUCUCUGUUUACAAACUCCAACUAGAGCAGCUAUGCUACUUUGUGCCUUUAGACUCUUGGUUUUCAUUUCUUCCCCCUCCUUUUAAUUUUUUUUUUUAAGUAAGCCACAACUUUUAUGAAUGAAAGUGUAAAAGGCCAGUGCAUAUAAUGACAAACUGAUGGCCACCUCAUGUUUGCUGAGGGUGGGGGGUGGGGAUCAGCUGUCAUCAUUUUGCACGGCAAGUAUUAUCUCCUGAUAAAAUGCCGGCAAGAGCAGAGAAGAGGGACUCGAUGGUCAUCUCAGAAUGAAGUCUUUUAGGAAGGGAUGUGGUGCCACUCUAUUCCCUUAGAUGCUAUAGUAGCAGAAGUCUCUUUACUCAAGGGAAAACUUGGCAUGAAGAUUUAAGCGAACAUGUCUUAUAAAAUGGAGAAGAGGAGUCUGGUCAAUCAGGGGAUACAAGUACAGGAUCAGUGACAAUACACACUCGGUUUUAAGUUCUUAAAGAUUUUUUGUUUUGUUUUUAGCUUGAAGAUUUUAAUAUUUAGUGUGUGUGUUUUUUUCUUAAUGGAUCCAUACUGUUAACUGAUUGAGACUCCACUGUGAUUCACUCGUUUACUUAAUCAAAAACUUUUCAGGGAUGUCUGUAAAAUUCAGUGUUAUUCGUGAUGAAAAGUAGUGUUGGUUGCUAUGAGGAGGGACCAGAAAUAAUUCCUAUUAUUCCAAAUACUGAAGGAAAAAAUAAUUGAUUUAUACUGCAUUUAAAAAAAAAAGUAUUGAUAAGCCCCAGAAUAUUUGACCUUAAAAGUUAUUUUAAUAUAUUCUUUUAUUAUUAUAAGGGAAAUACAAAUGGCUGAUAAAUACCAAAAAGAUUCAAAAGCAGCUUAAUUUAAA